AUGGCUUUCUCCAUUAAAGACCACUGCCUAGUAGAUAAAGGCAAAGUCUCCACUUAUGGUGGCUCUACGCUGGAUUCUAGCCAUAAUCCAGGCAACAAUAUGUUUACAUAUGCUUCCUUCUUCAAAGAUAUUCACAACCAAAAGCGCACUCCAUUUGAAGUUACUCCCUCCAUUGUUGAUAACGGAUCAUCCCCAGGCACGGCACUCGACUUCACUUCCACCUUUGUUGAAGCGACCGACGACUUCUCGUUCAUCAUCGACUGCUCACAAUUCAUUGGCAUGGUGUUCAAGGAGAAGACGCUACCCAGCUGUCUUCGUGCACAAUAUCCCAAAGGUCUUGGUAUUAGACAUCGUAUGGUUGGCAAGAACCAUAAGGUGAUUGAAAUGAACUUUUCCACUGAACAGGAUUGUAUGGAGGCCUUGGGAAAGGAUUUCGUCCUCCAGGGUAAAACUAUUCAGGUCAGCAAGGCUUUGGACAAGAAUGCCAACGUUGUUAGAGUUACUGUCUCGGCUAUCCCUUACAAGCCUGUAGAGUUUCUCAAACCUUUGUUAAUCCAGACAUUUAAACAAUAUGGUGAUAUUCUCCAUGUCGGUCUCUAUCACUCCAAGGAUAGUAAUUGGUUCACUGGUAGAGGUUUUGUUACACUUAAUAUGGAUAGAUCCAAGCAAUAUGAAGCUGAGGUGGCACCUCAGAUCCCAUUUGGAGAUUUUCCGGAGAAAAUCCGUUUGGUUUGGACCAAUAUGCAACCCAUCUGUAAGGGUUGUCAUACUGAUGAACAUGUCAAAGCCGACUGUCCUCGAGCAAAGAAGAAGGCCUUUCAUAAAUGCGGUAGUCUCGAGCAUCUUAUUGCCCAGUGUCCCCGCGCUCAUUGGAAUCGAAAGAAGGACCAAACUACUCAGGAACGUCGUCGCAAUUCCGUUACUAAGGAGAGUAUCCCUCCAUCAAAGCCUACAGGAAGAGAGGUCAACCUCUUAGAAUUGAUGAAUGUCAAGCAACACAAAUAUCUUGCCAAGAAGAAUACGGAUGUUGCCGAAGACGCUAUGGAAACCGACGAUGAAUCCACCAUUCCUGAACAAGAGACUCAGGAACCAGCUGACCCACUCCAUCAGGAGGCAGUAGCAACAGUUGAUCCAGUUGAAUCUGUCGAGCCACAGACUGCAGCAUCACCUUCAGAUGACAACCUUGAUGACAAGGAACCAGCUUCUCCAGAUGCACAGGAGACCGUUCACUUCACCAGCGAGGAAUCAGAAUAUGAAGGAGGUGAUACAUCUGAAAGCUCUGUAGAAUAUACCAAUCACUGGAACAGAUACGAUCUUAGGAAGGGUAAAAAGAAGAGUUCUAACGCUUUAGGUGACACAGCACAGGAGGCCUCUCAGAAGCGUUCUAUUAGGGAACUGGCAUCUACUCCACCGGGAUCUGAUCAAGAGAGAUCUGCCAAAAAGGCUUUCAAACAACAAGAGGACAGCCAUAUGGAUGAGGCCGAGCAAGGCAACUCCUCCACAAUCAAAUCAUUAUAA